CCCAGGAUUCUGGCAGAAAGACAGAAUCGGAGAGAAGGGGAGGAGAAAAAGACUUUAGAAACGGCCAUGCUUGGCGAUUCAAGGGCACAGACAGACAGAGAGGCUCACAGCGAGACAGAGUUCAGUUCUGAAGCCCAGUCGCCCGUACCCGGGGAAUAGCUUCCUUUUCCUUCGUCGUGUGAAAAAAAAAAAAAAGAGCGAGAGAAGAUGGCUGCCGUCCCACGCGCGUCUCUCGGAAUGUUCAGGAGGGCCCUCGCCACGGAGACGGGCGCCGGAGGUCACGGGGGUCACCAGGGGGGAGCUCGUACCUGGAAGAUUCUGUCGUUCACCGUGGCUCUGCCGGGGGUGGGGGUCUGUAUGCUGAAUGCCUGGCUGAAGAUGCAACACCACUCCCACGAGACCCCCGCCUUCACCCCCUACCCUCACCUGUAUGUCAGGACCAAGCCCUUCCCUUGGGGUGAUGGGAACCACUCUCUCUUCCACAACCCUCACACCAACGCCCUCCCCACCGGCUAUGAGGGCCCUCGCCACUGAACAGCACCGAGAGAGCGAGCGGCGCCACCUACUGGAGGGAGGACCACACUGAAUCAGAAAAGCAGAGAGAGAGGGUGACAAUAAUAACAACAUUAAUAAUAAAAAUAAUAAUAAUAGUAAUAAACUCAGCUUCCAAAACGC